UUUGCCAGGUCUUUGUCAUAAUUGUUCUUGACUAAAAGAAGAGAGGAUCUAUCGUUGACAACAGAUUCUCCUGUUGUUUGUAUAAAUUUGGCGUUUGUCCAUGGCAGAAACAGAAACAGAGAGGAUUCAACUGAAGCGCGAGUUGGGUUUAGUCAGUGCUGUGUCAUUGGUAGCAGGAACCAUGAUUGGAUCGGGAAUAUUCAUGUCCCCUCAGUUUGUGCUGUCUUACAUUGGAAGUCCAGGGGCAAGCCUGAUCAUUUGGGCAUUGUCUGGCCUUGUAGUCAUGCUGGGGGCACUCUCAUAUGCUGAGCUAGGAACCAUUAUUAAAGAAUCAGGAGGGGACUUUAUCUACAUUCUUCGAAUCUAUGGACAGUUUCCUGCCUUCUUUGUGGCCUUCAACUUCCUACUAGUGGUGAAACCAGCAAGCAUUGCAGCAAUAUCCCUCAGUUUUGCAGAAUAUGCUGUGGCACCUUUCUACCAAGACUGUUCUCCUCCUCAGCUAAUAGUGAAGUGUGCUGCUGUUGCAGCCAUCAUGGUUGUAGCCAUGGCAAACAUCUUGAAUGUACGUUUAGCCAUGAGAAUUCAGGUGGUCUUCUUGGUGGCUAAGCUAUUUGCAUUGAUGGUUAUAGUAAUUGGAGGGAUAGUGAUAAUUGCACAGGGAAAUGUUGCUGUACAACAAAAUGCUUUUGAUGGUACGAACUUGGGUUUGAGCUCCAUAGGGAUAGCUUUUUACCAAGGCCUCUGGUCCUUUGCUGGCUGGUACAACUUGAACUAUGUGACAGAAGAGUUGAAAAGACCUGAGGUAAAUCUGCCCAGGGCAGUUAUAAUUGCCAUCCCCACGGUAACCAUGCUGUAUCUACUAGUCAAUGUGAGCUACCUGGCUGUCAUGACGCCAAGAGAACUGAUGUCGUCGAAUGCAGUGGCUGUCACCUGGGGGAAUAAGGUGCUCGGGAGCUGGGGAUGGGUGAUGUCUAUCGCAGCCGCUUUGUCUGCUUUCGGCUCCCUGAAUGGAACAUUCUUUAGUGGCGGCCGGGUGUGCUUUGUGGCUGCAAGAGAGGGACACAUGCCUGAAAUUCUGUCCAUGGCCCAUGUGAAUCGACUGACCCCCUCUCCAGCCCUGAUCUUCACCACGGCUAUCUCACUCCUGGUUCUCAUCCCUGGUGACUUUCAGAGCAUUGUCAACUUCUUCAGUUUCACUGCCUGGUUCUUCUAUGCAAUCACUCUGUCUGGACUCCUCUACCUCAAGAUCAAGAAACCUGAACUUCCCAGGCCAUAUAGGGUUCCCAUUGUAAUCCCCAUCUUGGUCAUCAUCGCAGCCAUUUUCCUUGUGCUGGCACCUAUAAUUGACAACCCCGCGAUAGAGUACCUCUAUGUCACCUUGUUUAUCUUUAGUGGUGUUUUGGUUUAUGUACCCUUCAUCCACUUCAAACUGUGCCCUGGACUGUUGGAGAAAGUCACUGUGUUCCUGCAACUCUUCCUAGAGGUGGCCCCAGUAGACAAAAAUCUAUGAUUUAUUUUACAGAAUAUAUGUGUCACGUUCUGACCUUUAUUUCCUUUGCUUUGUCGUUAUUUAGUAUGGUCAGGGCGUGAGUUGGGGUGGGCAGUCUAUGUUUUUUCUAUGAUUUGGGGAUUUCUAUGUUUCGGCCUAGUAUGGUUCUCAAUCAGAGGCAGGUGUCAUUAGUUGUCUCUGAUUGAGAAUCAUACUUAGGUAGCCUGGGUUUCACUGUUUGUUUGUGGGUGAUUGUCUAUGCUAGUUGUUUGUGUCAGCACAGGUCUCAUUAUAGCUUCACGGUCAUUAUUCGUUUAUUGUUUUGUAUCGUUUGUAUUCAGUGGUCAGUGCUUUCUUUAAUAAAAAAAUCAUCAUGAACACAUA